AUGCAAAUCCGGACCUUUAGAGCAUUUACAUUCGGUGUAUCAAACCCAGACCGCCCGGUUUUACAAAAGAAAAAAGAAAGCACCAAACGGUGCGUUUUACAAAAGAAGAGGCCCCUAAGCCCCUUUUCUUCUUCCCGCCCCGCGUUUCCUUCCCCAAUCUCCCAGUCCUCGCUCUCUCUCUCUCUCUCUCUCUCUCUCUCUCUCUCUCUCUCUCUCUCUCCUGCUGAAUUCCUAUUGCCCGCUUGCCACUCCAACCUGCAGUCCGCCAUCUGUGCCCCGUCGUGUACUCGCCAUCCGACUAUCAGUUAUACACCGCCCGUCGCUUAUCGCCGCUGUCAAGGCCUUGCUCCACAGGCCACACCGCCGCAAUCCUUUGCGGUCUCCAGUUGCUGCUCGUCACGCCGAAACCCUAGAGCGCAGCCCCCGUUGCCGUCACAGCUCCCAGCUCCUCCGUCGCACAGUGCCACUGCAUCCAAGAUGGACCCUACAAAAGAAGUGAUUCCAGGAGAGACUACCAUGGAUGAUGCUAAUGAGUCAUCACAAGGGCAAGGCAUUCCUCCACUCCCACCCAAUGUAAGUGCUAAGACGGAGGAGUCCAAAACUACUCUAGGUUGGAAGGCCAAGGAUGGAGGAAGUAGUAGUGGGGGACUUGUGCCCAUAGCAUUUAGUAUUGAGGCUUGUAGACAAACCUUAGUAUAGAUGAUUAUUCUUGAUGAGUUGUCCUUUAGGUUCGUUGAAGGGGAGGGUUUCAAGAAGUUUAUGCUUGUCGUUUGCCCUGAGUGGGAAGGGAUUCCAUCUCGUGUUAUGGUUGCGAAUGAUUGUUUUAGUGUGUGUUUGAGGGAAAAAAAAAACAAGCUGAGAAGUGCUCUUCAAGGGCAACGGAUUUCCCUUACCAUGGAUACAUGGACAUCUGUGCAAAACAUGAAUUAUAUGUGUCUCACUGCAUACUUUAUUGAUGAUGAUUGGACUCUACACAAGAAAA